AUGCGAUUCCGAUUAAAUCGGAUCGCAUGGAUAGCAGAUAUUGAAAAAGCUUUUUUAAACAUCGCCCUGCAUCCUGAAGACUCAGAAGCAGUACGAUUCCUGUGGGUAACGGAACCAGAAACAUCUGGCUCCCCUUUAGUUGCUUACAAAUGGAAGCGAGUUCCAUUUGGACUCAGUUCCAGCCCAUUCUUGCUUAGAGUUACCCUCAACAAGCAUUUGGAUGGAAUGGAGCCACUGUACUCCACUACAGUAAAACAGCUAAAAGAGCAAAUUUACGUCGACGACUACCUAGGUGGCGCCGACAGCAUUCCCACAGCCAAAAACAGGAUUCAGGAAACAAAGGCCAUCUUCCAGGAGGCUAAACUCAACAUGCGAAGCUGGGUGACAAACGACAAAACACUUCGCAAAUUUCUCAGUGAGAAGGGGCUUAUCAACCCCAUUGUCAAAAUCUUCACUCAGAAACUGGAAGAGGGCCAACCAAAGGUCCUAGGCAUUCGGUGGGACACCGAAUCCGACACAUUCCAAUUCGACCCCGCGCCCAUCAUUGAAGCCGCAACAGAAUUGGGGGACCUUGUCACCAAAAGAAAUAUCCUACGGAUAUCGGCAAGAGUGUUUGAUCCCAUUGGGUUCUUAGCACCCACUACACUCCUGCUAAAAAUCAUCUACCAGAAGCUUUGGGAAGCAGAAAUUGACUGGGACGUCGAAGCGCCGCCGGAAAUUGCACAAACAUGGAUAACUGCUAUGACUGGGUUGAACGAGUUCGCCAAAUUGAAAAUCCCCCGCUGGAUAGGCCACUCGAAAAGGGUCAUACAAUCAGCAGAAAUUCACGUCUUCGGGGAUGCUUCUGAGGCGGCGUAUGGAGCCGUUGCUUACGCAAGGCUCCAAACAAAAAACAACGAAACCAGCAUUCACUUUCUAGCCAGUAAAACGAAAGUGGCACCUCUCCCAAAGAAAAAAGUUACCCUACCUCGACUGGAGUUAUUAGGCUCGCUUCUAGCCGCAAGGCUAGGAGAAAAACUGAAAAAUUUUCUUCACACAGAGUCAUGGCGAACCAUAUUUUGGACAGACUCUUUGGUAGCACUUGGGUGGAUCAGAGGAGAUCCUAACAGAUGGAAACCAUUUGUUAGGAACCAAGUGGAAGCUAUCAGAAAGCUGUCUGGAGUGAGUUGGUGGCGGCACUGCCCGGGCAUACACAAUCCUGCGGAUCUUGCCUCGCGGGGAGCGCCAGCGUCAGCGCUGGUACACUCCGAGCUAUGGUGGAAUGGUCCACCAUGGCUUAAAGAAGAAACAGAAUGGCCGGAUUCAACACCCGAUGCAGGAGAAACAAGCAUCCACGAAAAGAUCGAAGCGGAAGCCAAAGGAAAAACCGUCAUCAUGUCGGUGGUUACCGUGGAACCAGCUACCCCAAUGGAAUGGCAGCUGGAACGAAUUCCAUCAUGGAAUCGACUACUUCGACGAACCGCCUGGAUGCUUAGGUUCCUCCACAAGAAUCGCCCCAUCAACAGAACGCAAAUCAGAACUCCAAUCAAGAUAGGAGACGAAAAGGAAAUACUGGUAGACCAUCUGACAGUAGAGGAACUGACGAAGGCGGAGCUACUGAUCUACAGGCAGCUCCAAAAAGAAGCAUUUCCAAAGACGUUCCAAGACCUACAAGAGGGAAGGCAACCACACCACAAGGAGAAAAUUGCCAAACUCCGACCCGUGUGGGAUGAAAGAGACAAGCUGAUCAGAGUGACCGGAAGGGUCGAAUUGGCACUAAGAGACAGGGACAUUGAACCUGCCAUACUGCUGCCCACUCACCACCCAGUCGUCAAAUUGCUCAUCGCAGAUAGGCACGUCUCACUUAAACACGCCGGAGUGAAAACUACCCUCUCCGAUUUACGGGAACGUUUUUGGAUUAUCAAAGGGCGUCAGCAGACCAAAUCUGUUUGGCAUGCCUGCGUCAAGUGCCAACGGCUAACUUCACCACCAUUUACUGAAGUAGCUGCACCUCUACCACUGAAUCGCUUGAAACAAGCGAAAGCCUUCGAAAUCACGGGUGUGGAUUUCGCAGGGCCAUUGUAUUACAAACACCCAAUAUCACGUAAGAAACGCAAGCAAGCGGAACUUACGACCUCCGUGGAUCCCCCACAAACGGAUGAUCCAAGUGUGGAGACUCCAGCCGAGCCUCCAGCCAUGGAACAAACGGAGGAAAAAGAAAACCUCCAACCGGACGACUCAGGCAAGAAGAAAAAGGGUACAAUCAAGCAACCCAAAAGUUAUGCCUGCUUAUUCACCUGUGCGGUGACUAGGGCCGUCCACCUGGAGUUGACUAAAACCAUGUCAGCACGUGACUUUCUCCUAGCCUUCAGAAGAUUUUCAGCUAGGAGAGGUAACGUGUCUGUCAUGUAUUCGGAUAACGCACAAACAUUUAGGUGCGUUUCCAAACACUUAAAGGUCUUGAGAUCCGAUCCAGCGAUCCAUGACCUCCUAGCCAUGCGAAAAACCGAGUGGAUCUUCUCCGCCAGCCUAGCCCCAUGGUGGGGAGGCUUCUGGGAACGCAUGGUUAGGACAAUGAAAGACCUACUACGGCGUUCCAAUGGCCGUGCGUGUCUAGAAUACGACGAGUUGGAAGUCAGUUUGAUCGAGACAGAAAGCGUAGUGAACGCAAGGCCACUCACCUACGUGGCAGAGGGGAGUGAUGAUCCACUUCCCAUCACUCCGAACCAAUUUCUGAACAACAGACGAUCUAAUUGCACUCCCCCGGAGCCAGUAAUUAAUCUACUGACUCCCGACCCAACCAACGCACGACUCAUCGAAAUGGACCACCUACGUAGAGACUAUGUCAAGGACACUUGCGAGCGAUUCGUCAAUGACUACUUGCUCCAAGUAGACAAUUUUCACUGCAAGGGAGGACCUGGACGCAAGAUCCGAGUAGGCGAAGUUGUCACCAUCCACGAUGACAACACGAAACGACUUAUGUGGACCGUCGGUGUGGUGAAAGAGCUGAUUUCCAGCCGAGACGGGCUGAUUCGAUCUGUAACGGUCAAGACCCCUAACGGAAACUUGAUCAACCGAGCGAUUCAGUCCCUACACCCCCUGGAAUUACGCGAGGACCAGCCCGACGACGUUGAAGUACUACCCGCGCCGGAAAUGGAGCCGGAAGAAGACACAACUCCAUCCGUGUCAGCUGCCAGCCCGGUCGAAGAGAGCGAACCGUGGAGCACGGGCUCUGCAUUUGUGCUACUCUACUUCAAUUGCAAGAUGAGUGAGACCCAAGGAAUUGCCACGAAUCCCACCAAGGAAGAACCUACAACGGCCGUAAAAACCGCUGAGUCGGGGCCGGUUUACCAUGGAGGAAGUACAGGAGUCAUCUCAAAACUCACCAAGGAAGAAUCUGAAGUAGCCUUUAAAAUCGCUGAGCCGGGGCCAGAUCGCAAUGGUGGAAAUAUGAGUCAUGACUUGUCAAUUCCCAGUGUUACUCAAUCACGAGGUCUACGGAAGAGGGAGCAUACCACGCUGUCGACCAGGAUCCACGACUGUAUCCGCCAACAUCGUCAAGGCAUUCGUCUCAGCAAAGGCCAAUUGAGCAUCUGGCGCACCGAACUCGUUCGCGCAUUACCCCAUCCUCACCACCACGGGCAGUCAACCUGUUGGAGCAAUGCAGAAGAGUCGGGACAAGAGAGCGAAGCAAAUAGACAGAAAAAUAGGGGCAAAGAACUAUCGAUAUGUCCAACGAUCCAUCGUUUAGCACCCAGCAACAGUCAAAGAGCGACCCAAAAUCUGAUUCUAGUCUCAUCUGCCAACUUGUCGAUUCUUUGA